CCACGGAUAAAAUCCAUCCAACUGAACGUGUUAAUCGAUUACUGAGAGUCAAUUUCACUGUAGCUGUUUAAAGAUCUACGAUGGAAGGAUACCACUAAAUUAAUGCAAAUGGGAAAAUGCAGCAUCGAAACGAUAUCAAAAAUUAUUCUCAUUACAAUCAACGUCAUAUUUAUUGCUAUAGGAUUUGUUAUAGCAGCAUUCGGGAUUGUAGUUGCCUCCGGAAGUAACAUAUUUGGAGGCUAUAUUGAACCUUUAUUUCGAGAUGCAGGUGGAAGUGAAUCUGUUGGUUCCUUUUUUCUCUAUGUAGCAAUAUCUGCUGCCGUUUUAGGCAGCUUUAUUCUAGUUAUAGCGUCAGUUGGAGCUUGUGGUGCCUGCUGCAAUAAGAAAUGCUUGCUGUAUUCGUUUGUUGCAGCAAUGGUUGCCAUCUUAGUUAUUGAGAUAGCGUUAGUUGUUGUCUGUGUUUUGAAAUGGGAUUGGGUUGAAUCUCAACUGAAAAGUGCCUUACAGAUAUCCAUAGAUGACCAAUAUGCUGGAUCAACAGCAACAGAUCCGAUAUCCGUGGCAUGGAACUAUGCAUUUGUAACGUUUCAUUGCUGCGGUGUGUAUAAUUCUACUGACUUGUCGUCAGCUAAGAAAUGGAAUUCAACAAACAAAGUACCAGACACGUGCUGUAUUGUAACAGGAGAUUUUCCUGAUCAGAGUGGUCCUACAGAUCCUUCAUGUCCCACGAAACCUACAACAGGAAACUCUCAUGCACACAAGGGCUGUUAUGAAUCUAUUCUGGACUUGAUAUUACAAUACAACGAUUAUAUACUAGGCAUUUCAGCUGCGAUUGCUACACUGCAGAUAUUUACACUUGUUGCUGCCAUCGUGAUAGCCAGGACAAGAAAUAAAAUCCGUCCCACGUGACAAAGCUGACCUGCAUUACAGUUCCUUUAUUCAGUGAUUCUUUCAAACAUAUUGUAGUAUGGUUUCAUUAAGUUCGUUGGCUGUCGAAGUAUAUGACGAUGUUAUAGUCAAAUAACUGUACAUGGGAAAACUAUUAUGAUUUAUAACAAACAUUUAUUUAAUUGACUGUUUACAAAUUGACUGUUUACAAACUAUUAUGAAACUAAGAUUGACAAACCCAUUAGGCUAAGCUAAACGUAGAUUGGUGUGGCUACAUUUUUUUUUUGUCAUACAGCUUUUCAACUGUUGCGGCUCUUAUAUAUCAUUGACUUUCAAAUAUUCAGCUUUGAGAGUUCUUGGUGAAAUUAAAUCCAUUUGAUUAUUUAUAAGAUUUGCAUUCUUGUUAUCAGCUUAAUUAUGGUAAUUAUAUCGAAACAAGAAAGAUUGUACUGAAAUAUGAAAGAGAUUACCUCAAUGCUGUCAUGUUAAUGCGAUUAUAUCCGAUAUAUUAUGAAUGCCUUAAAAGCUAUAUACUAUUAUCAACUCUUAAUGUUUUUUUCUAACUUUUUUAAAGAAAUAUAUCUAUUCUUAACAGAAAUGGCUUUGUCUACUUUGAUCAAACACGUUUGAGAGAAGAAAAAGCAACAACAUCAAUAUGUUUCAAUUAGAUGAUACGGGAAUAAAUGAGAUCAAAACCUAGGAAGAUAUGCAAAUAAUUGUAUUGAAUUGAUUUAGUAUCAAAUAUGCACCGAAUGAAACCGGCAAUCAAAAGUAAAAUGGUGAUAGACGCUGCAAUUUCUUCUUCCUGCUUUACAGGCUUAUCAAGUACAAUGUAAAUUACAAUGUCAUUUUCCUUCUAUGGUGAGGUCUGAACUGUGCGAAAAGAGUCACAAUUUGUAUUUCUUGUCCUGCCGUUUACACGUUCGUCAAUAUAUCAAAAGCGGAAUCUUUUUGAUAUUUAUGCUAGUUGAACCACGUUUAAAAACAAAAAAUAUCAUCAGUGUGUAUAGUGUCAAUGUUUAAAUAUCUAAACAAAGUUUUCUUGUUCGUUCUUGGCAAGUGACAACACUUAUGAGUCAACCAUCAAGGUAAAUCAUUUCCCAAACGGACCAUAAACAUUACGUCAGAGAUCUUCUGUCAUCCUUUCCUGACGUAAAAGCAGAAAGCAUGGCAUGUUUCUUGUUAAUAAUAUAUAAGCUUUAAAUUUGUAUUGUUCAUAUUUAGAAUAAAAUGUUACACUUGCUUA